CAUUCCAAACCCUGCCACACUCGCGUUCCUCCAAUCAGGCGUCUGGCCUGGGGGUGGGCUUCGGAGCCCUGUUAAAGCCUCACUCUUCCCAAGUGCAUUUCACAGACGCUGUGCCAGCUGCCACUUGGCUGCGAGGGACCUCACCUUUUCCCUGGGCGAGAGCUAACUGAAAAUGUCGGACAUCGAAGAAAUCAUCGAAGAAUAUGAAGAGGAACAGGAAGAGGAGUAUAUUGAAGAAGAAGAAGAAUGGCUAGAGGAGGAAGAUGACCACAAAGAGCACGCAGAACAACUAGAAGAGGCUGAGGAAACCCCAGCAGAAGAACACAAAGAUGAAGCUAAAGAAAAAGAAGGUGGUGAGGGGGAGCACGAGCAGGAGUCUGGGGAAGGGGAGUCAAAGCCAAAGCCCAAUUCCACCCUUUCGAGUGUCGCCAGGCUCUUCAUGCCAAACUUGGUGCCUCCCAAGAUCCCGGAUGGGGAGAAAGUGGACUUUGAUGACAUUCACCGCAAGCGCAUGGAGAAGGAUCUGAACGAGUUGCAGGGCCUGAUCGAUGCCCAUUUCGAGAACAGGAAGAAAGAGGAAGAGGAGCUGAUCUCACUCAAGGACCGAAUAGAGCAUCGGCGAGCGGAGCGGGCGGAGCAGCAGCGGAUCCGCAGCGAGCGGGAGAAGGAGCGCCAGGCCCGCAUGGCUGAAGAGAGAGCCCGCAGAGAGGAAGAGGAGGCCAGGAAGAAGGCGGAAGAGGAUGCCAGGAAGAAGAAGGCUUUCUCCAACAUGCUGCAUUUUGGGGGCUACCUGCAGAAGACAGAGAAGAAAAGUGGGAAGAAACAAACGGAGCGGGAGAAGAAGAAGAAGAUCCUCAGCGAGCGGCGGAAGCCUCUGAAUAUCGACCACCUGAACGAAGACAAGUUGAGGGACAAGGCCAAGGAGCUGUGGCAGAGCAUCCACGACCUGGAGGCUGAGAAAUUCGAGCUGCAGGAAAAGUUCAAGCGGCAGAAAUACGAGAUUGUCACGCUCACUGCUCGCUGCGAUGAGCUAAGCAAGUAAUUAAUGUUCUCCGAAACCGAAUUAGCGAUCACCAGAAGGUCAAAGGCUCGAAGGCUGCCCGUGGGAAGACCGUGGUUGGCGGCCGAUGGAAGUAGCACCCGUCGGAUGGGCACGAGGCAGAGAGGAGAGGCCCAAGCACGGAGCGGUGCAUUCCUGUUUGGUCAGCCAGCUGGAUUCCGUUUUACCACAGAUCCUGCACGAACCCACCCGCCACCCCAAAGGACACAAACCCGUUGUGCUUGCACAGCUCUCACUGCAGGGGCAGCGCUGUGUGUGUGUGGAGCAAAUGCUUUGCUAGGUCAGUGCUGCUCGCUCUUUUCACCGAACCCCGGGAUGCUACUGUGUCUGUAAAUAAAGAGCAUCAGAAAGGGAGAUGUGC